AUGGCGGCCAUCACUAUGAGCCACGUGUUCGAGUACGAGAACGAGCUCAACGACAAUCUCUACAACCUGAAGAGGUCGGGCAAGGCCGUUGGCAGCGGUAGGAGAAUACGCAGUAUGCUGAAGCCAUUGUUGCGACUCUUGAGGACGAAGCGCGCCAGCAAGUGUGCCUUCGACAAGAGCCAGAAAGCUGUACCUCAGGUGGAGAUCUUCACCGAGGAAGUCGACAAUCAGAACAACGCUAACGAGUCGCUGGAGCGUCGACUCUUGGCGGAGCUGCAAGACGCCGAGGAAGGAGCUGCCAUCACUGUCUGUCUGGACGGGCAGAUGACCGUCGUGCCGGUUGUGCCUGGUCAGUGCUACGUGCCGGUGCAUUUCGCCCACACCCACGCCGGCGAUUUCUACUGGACGACCCUGAGCAUGGCCGACAGUGACCUGUGCUACAAGGAGCGCGCCUUCUCACAGCACCAAGUCCCCGAGAUGCAAGUGGCGUGA